AUGGCGUUCGCGAGCAGCCCGGUGCGAGCAGGCCGCCGUGGCAGACUUGAUGCCGCCGCUUGCGCGUCUAUCCCCCGCUCCGUCCCAGCAUCAUCCCAUUUGUUUUAUUUCGGGCUGCCGUGCUCGCUCGUGGUUGUGCGGCAGAAAGGCCGCAGACCAGCCCCUCGAGAUGGGCAAAGAUACGAGCGGCGCUUGCUCCAGAACGAGGAGGAGCAAGAAGUCGUGGUAGUGAUACUUUCCCAGAUGUUCAGGGUUUCCCAUGUUCCUUCCUGUUCCACAUGGGAUGCGGAAACGAGGGCCGCCUGA